AUGAAAGACAAAACCAUGACAGACAUUCGUGAGGUUGGAGAGAGGACAGACAGUGGUGAGGUUGGAGAGAGGACAGACAGUGGUGAGGUUGGAGAGAGGACAGACAGUGGUGAGGUUGGAGACAGGACAGACCAUGAUGAGGUUGGAGACAGGACAGACAGUGGUGAAGUUGGAGAGAGGACAGACAUUGAUGAGGUUGGAGGGAGGACAGACAGGGGUGAGGUUGGAGACAGGACAGACAGUGGUGAGGUUGGAGACAGGACAGACAGUGGUGAGGUUGGAGAGAAGACAGACAAUGGUAAGGUUGAAGAGAAGACAGACAGUGGUAAGGUUGGAGGGAGGACAGACAGGGGUGAGGUUGGAGACAGGACAGACAGUGGUGAGGUUGGAGACAGGACAGACAGUGGUGAGGUUGGAGAGAAGACAGACAAUGGUGAGGUUGGAGAGAGGACAGACAAUGAUGAGGUUGGAGACAGGACAGACAGUGGUGAAAUUGGAGACAGGACAGACAGUGGUAAGGUUGGAGAGAAGACAGACAGUGGUGAGAUUGGAGACAGGACAGACAGUGGUGAGGUUGGAGAGAAGACAGACAGUGGUGAGAAUGGAGACAGGACAGACAAUGGUGAGGUUGGAGAGAGGACAGACAGUGGUGAGAUUGGAGACAGGACAGACAGUGGUGAGAUUGGAGACAGGACAGACAGUGGUGAGGUUGGAGACAGGACAGACAGUGGUGAGGUUGGAGACAGGACAGACAGUGGUGAGAUUGGAGACAGGACAGACAGUGGUGAGGUUGGAGAGAAGACAGACAUUGAUGAGGUUGGAGAGAGGACAUACAUUGAUGAGGUUGGAGAGAGGACAGACAGUGGUGAGGUUGGAGAGAAGACAGACAGUGGUGAGAUGGGAGACAGGACAGACAAUGGUGAGGUUGGAAAGAGAGAACAGACAGUGGUGAGGUUGGAGACAGGACAGACAGUGGUAAGGUUGGAGAGAAGACAGACAUUGAUGAGGUUGGAGAGAGAACAUACAUUGAUGAGGUUGGAGAGAGAACAGACAUUGAUGAGGUUGGAGAGAAGACAGACAUUGAUGAGGUUGGAGAGAGGACAGACAGUGGUUGGGGAGAGGACAGAUAUUGAUGAGGUUGGAAAGAGGACAGACAGUGGUAAGGUUGGAGAGAGGACAGACAGUGAUGAGGUUGGAGAGAGGACAGACAAUGGUGAGGUUGGAGAGAGGACAGACAUUUAUGAGGUUGGAGAGAGGACAGACAGUGGUGAGGUUGGAGAGAGGAGAGACAUUGGUAAGGUUGGAGACAGGACAGACAGUGGUAAGGUUGGAGACAGGACAGACAGUGGUAAGGUUGGAGAGAGGACACAGUGUGGUGAGGUAGGAGAGAGGACAGACAGUGAUGAGGUUGGAGAGAGGACACAGUGGACAGACAGUGGUGAGGAUGGAGACAGGACAGACAGUGAUGAGGUUGGAGACAGGACAGACAGUGGUGAGGUUGAAGAGAAGACAGACAGUGGUAAGGUUGGAGGGAGGACAGACAGGGGUGAGGUUGGAGACAGGACAGACAGUGGUGAGGUUGGAGACAGGACAGACAGUGGUGAGGUUGGAGAGAAGACAGACAAUGGUGAGGUUGGAGAGAGGACAGACAAUGAUGAGGUUGGAGACAGGACAGACAGUGGUGAGAUUGGAGACAGGACAGACAGUGGUAAGGUUGGAGAGAAGACAGACAGUGGUGAGAUUGGAGACAGGACAGACAGUGGUGAGGUUGGAGAGAAGACAGACAGUGGUGAGAAUGGAGACAGGACAGACAAUGGUGAGGUUGGAGAGAGGACAGACAGUGGUGAGAUUGGAGACAGGACAGACAGUGGUGAGGUUGGAGACAGGACAGACAGUGGUGAGGUUGGAGACAGGACAGACAGUGGUGAGAUUGGAGACAGGACAGACAGUGGUGAGGUUGGAGAGAAGACAGACAUUGAUGAGGUUGGAGAGAGGACAUACAUUGAUGAGGUUGGAGAGAGGACAGACAGUGGUGAGGUUGGAGAGAAGACAGACAGUGGUGAGAUGGGAGACAGGACAGACAAUGGUGAGGUUGGAAAGAGAGAACAGACAGUGGUGAGGUUGGAGACAGGACAGACAGUGGUAAGGUUGGAGAGAAGACAGACAUUGAUGAGGUUGGAGAGAGAACAUACAUUGAUGAGGUUGGAGAGAGAACAGACAUUGAUGAGGUUGGAGAGAAGACAGACAUUGAUGAGGUUGGAGAGAGGACAGACAGUGGUUGGGGAGAGGACAGAUAUUGAUGAGGUUGGAGAGAGGACAGACAGUGGUAAGGUUGGAGAGAGGACAGACAGUGAUGAGGUUGGAGAGAGGACAGACAAUGGUGAGGUUGGAGAGAGGACAGACAGUGGUGAGGUUGGAGAGAGGAGAGACAUUGGUAAGGUUGGAGACAGGACAGACAGUGGUAAGGUUGGAGACAGGACAGACAGUGGUAAGGUUGGAGAGAGGACACAGUGGUGA